CGCGGAGUGGGUCGGAAAGGGCUAAAGCGACCUCGAUGCGAGCAUCCAGGGGCAGCUGACUUGCAGAGGGUCGCACCAUGUGAGCCCCCCCUCCCCGGUGAAGAGGCGCUUUUAUUGGAGGAGGAGAACGAAAGGGACGAGAUCGGGAAAAGAAACAAGAGGAGGAGGAGGAGGUUGUGGUAACUCCUCAUUUACCGAGACGCCUCAUGUGACCAACCUUGACAGUCUUCCCGCUACCCUGGGUGGAGGACGAGCUUCAUUUCCCCCACCAUCCCUCUACAAAAAUUGAUGUCUUGAUGUAUGCACGCUUGAACGGUGGAAGCAGGCACUUUUCCUCUUGUUGUGCGUCCGGAGCCCUCGGGUUACUUUCUCGGGUUUCACCGUCAUGGCCUGGAGGAGAGCAAGAACACGCUUCUUUUAUUACCCCAUCCAUUACAACAAUUAGGAUUGGGGUUGAAGCAAGAGACUCUGUGAGAAUAUAAGGUGAUGACCUGGAUAGUGCCAUGUCUGAAGACCAUGAAGCCCACACACAAGCUUCUGUUUGUCCUGUGCCCCAUGCUGGUCCUUGGCUUUAUUUACUACUCAUCGGGGAAGUUACAUCUGAACGUAUGGGGCCAGAAGCCACAAAUUGGUGCUGACGUGGCAGCCGUAGUCCUCACUAACGACAAUGAAGUGAAUCGAAUUGCAGAGCUGGAAACGGAUAUCUCCGAGGGACAAAUAGUAGGCUCAGUGUAUGACAAGCAGGGCUUUUUGCUGCAGUUCGACACAAAAUUGCCACCGGAGUUGGCGUACAAGUAUGGCAAUCUCAGCGAAGGCGUGUGCAAGCCGGGCUAUGCGGGCGCCAAGAUGACAAGCAUCUAUCCAAAGUUCACAAAAGCAGCGCCCAUGUUUCUUGACCAAAACUUCAAACGUCUCACAAAAGUCAGCAAUUACUUGCCUCCUUUUGGAUUCAAAACACAAGAAAGAAUCAUUGACAGCAUUUUAACGACCACCAAAAACUUUGGACUAGGAGAUGAACUGGACAGUCUCAGCUGUAAAAAAUGCAUCAUCGUGGGCAACGGCGGUAUCCUGUCCAACAAGUCUCUGGGCUCACGUAUCGAUGACUAUGACGUCGUGGUCAGAUUGAACGAAGCCCCGGUGGCUGGUUAUGGUAAGGAUGUAGGGACCAAAACCACAAUAAGAAUUACCUACCCAGAGGGCGCCAUCCAGAAGCCGGAACUCUACGAAAAGGAUUCACUUUUUGUUUUGACUGCUUUCAAGCCAUUGGACUUCAAGUGGCUUCGACAGAUGGUCUUCAAGGAGAGACUGCGAGGUACCGAGGGUUUUUGGAAGUCAGUGGCCCAGCACGUCCCUCGCGAGCCCAGCGAGAUGAGAAUCCUCAACCCUUAUUUCAUUCAAGAGGCUGCCUUCCAGUUCAUCGGGCUGCCCUUUAACAACGGCAUCAUGGGAAAAGGGAACAUUCCAACUUUAGGCACGGUUGCCAUCACGAUGGCGCUGCAUAACUGUGAUGAGGUAGCGGUGGCCGGCUUCGGCUAUGAUAUGAACGCGCCCCACGCACCCCUCCACUAUUAUGAGGCCGUCAAGAUGUCUGCUAUCAAAGAGUCGUGGACGCACAACAUAUCCAAGGAGAAAGAGUUCCUGCGCAAGUUAGUGAAGGCCAACGUGAUCACCGACCUCACCAACGGUAUCUGAGCACAUUGGCUUCUGUUCUCCUUCCCUUUGGACCUCCUGCGCAGGAAGCCAGGGAAAGAGCAAACGAACUCCUCCGGUGUCCCAAGUGGCCUCCACAUUCUGGGGGUGGGUUCCAUAUCAAUGGAGACGACCUUCAAAAAUAAGUUAAGUGGUGACAUGCACACACGCGUGCCUUCUGAACCAAAGACUCCGACCGAUUGAAGCAACACGGGGCAACACGGAAGGGGAGGACGACUCAAUCCGCUCACUUCCCGUUUGACACUUGAGCGUUUUUACCAAUAUCAUCUCCGGGAUCACACCAAUGACACGACAUGCAGAAGGCGGGACAAAAGCGGAGAUGGUGCAGGGACGGGCCAAGUAUUAGCAGUGCCAAAUGUACCUCGAACGGGGGAGAGGUGGCACUCCUCUCCUUUUUUUUUUGCUGCCUGAAUGUAUUCACUUUCCUCGGUGUACAUAGCAAAAGAUUUUUACUUUUUAACGAGCUGCUGCAGCAGCAUCCUCACCUUCUCCUUUCUGUCUUCGCCGUUUCGCUUCUGUCCAUUUUUCACACGAGCAGUUAUGUCGGGAGUAGGAGAAGCGCUUGGAACAAUUUGCACUCACGUGGCCAUGGAUCCUCUAAGGCCCCUUCAAUUCUCAACAGAAGUCAUCUUUAUUUGACAUCUUGAGGUGGUGAAGAUUUAAGGUUGAUUUAACAAACCCAGUGUGCAAGCAUAUUCUUUUUAAGUGUACUUCAAUCCUUGUUUUACCAAAGUUUUCUUCAUCUUGAGUCUCGAAUGCGGGGUUUCCCAACCUUUGUUGCGCCAAAGCACAUCAAGAAAAGUCUCGCAGUUCACUACCAAAUUUAAAAAAUGUCCUUUUAAAACCAUUUAAGGGCACCAUAAGUAUUUCGUGAGGCUAAAAAUCAUUUUAUUUUGAUAACCACAUUUUUUUUUUGUCCCAUCGCCCAUGUACCGCUCCAUAAGCUUAAAAAAAAAAACUUUUAGAUCAUUGAAGGCCUCUGUAGUGAACACCAAAAAUCGAUUUCCAAAUCGAAAUAGCCUGAAAUCUUUUUUUUUUUUCCCCUUGUGGUGCUAUUCCAUUUAAGGCCACCGUAAUUGUCACCUAGUUGAUACAGGGGAAAUCCAUUUAAUUCUGGCUUUUCUGCUGUUACACCCCAAAAAAAAAAAAUCUCAUGGUCCACCAUCAAAACCAAACCUGUUUUUGUAUCUUAUAAGGUCACUCUAGUUCUCACAAUCAUCGUUUUUCUUGUUUAUACGAGCUGAAAUAUACAUAAUUUUGGCUACUACGCUGUUACAUGGGGGGGACUCACACCACCAAAUAUAAAUAUAUAAUUUUGGCCACUUAAAGCCACCGUAGUUUCAUCUAUGUCAGUUCCCAAGUUGAUACAGACUGAAAUUGAUUUAAUUUUGACUGCCACACUAUUUACCUAAAAAAAAUAAAACAUCUCACCGUGCUACGUUGUUUACAUAAAAGAAAAAAAAUACUGCACACCAUGCAAAAAAAAAAAUGGCCACCGUAGUUCUCACCUGAAUCAAUUUCUAAGUCAAUACAGGCUGAAAUCAAUUCACCUUUUUAUUUAUGCCUUGACAUCACAAUGUCACCGUCGUUCUCACCCAAAUCAUUUUUAAAAGUUAAUUAACGAUGUGCCAUGAAAGUUAACUCUAAUUAACUUUUCAUGGCACACCACCAAACAAAAAUGCCACACAAAAAGAACAUAUCAAUAGAAUCGUCCUUUGAUUUACUCACAUCAAGUCCUUGUGAAAACUUUCUGUUGUGUGAAAGACAACAGUUGGAUCUACACGUUAAUUGGACCUUCUGCCAUCUAGUGGAAGAGCAUCCUACUGUUCCACCUGUCACUAUACGUCACUGGCGUAGAUAGACGUACCAAGAUACAUAAUUUGUCGUAAAUAGAUCAUCAUUUUUGAAAUUGGCUCAUUUCCCACGACCGAGUGGUUGGGAAUCACUCGCUCUUGAGUGAAACGAAGGAGAGGCCAUUUUUUUUUUCUUUUGCAAGACCAAUCACUUUUCUUCAGCUCGUCAUCCCUGUCAGGUGAGAACCCUCGAUCGGUUCCAUCUCUCGUGUGUGCGUUUUAGUAAGCGAGUGCAACGGGCCAGUCCUGCCCGCGUUGCCUCGUCCGGUCGGGUGAAUCGUUUUCCAUCCUACCCGUUGCAGCAGCUCUCGCCGCGCUUCAGAAAUUGGUGACGCGUUCCGAUUUGUCGAGAAAUAGAUGUAUAUUGUUUUCAUUAUUUAUUUAGUUACUGAGACCCAGCGUUUGGAUCACAGGCGGGCCUGCUUUCUUUUCUUGUCGCGUUCCGAGGAAACCUGAAAUCUGUUUGCCUUGACCGUGUUUGCUUCUUCGGCGAUUGCGGCCAGAUUUGUUGUCCGAGAAUGAUUUUUGUUUGUUUGUUUGUUUUUGUUUCUGUUGCGUCGUCUUUUCAAAUCACUCUUUGGCUAUUUUCAUAUUGCUAACGUGUACUAUAUCGAUAUAACGCAAUCAACAAUCUCAAGGCAGGACUGUCCAAGUAUCUGUUUGCUUGCCAACAUGCCAAUGACAUCAUCCGUUUUGUUAACCACGUGCGUUUGAAAGCUUCGUGAUUUCUCUUUCACUCUCAGGUGGUUUUUUUUUCCCCCCACCUCUCCUCUGUAUCUGCUCGUCCGCUGGAAGUGCAUUCUUACUGUAAAGGCACCUGUGCUCAGAUCCCAUGCUACUCAGAAAGGAUCGCGGUUUGCGAACCGUACCGGGCGCUCACACUGCCUUACGUUUCAUCUCCUGGAAACUGUAAUGAGGUGAAGCUCCGUUGAUCCGCUCUGAGCCGUCAGCUGUACGUCAUUUGGGAGAUUUGGGUCCACUUUGUUGUGUGUCUGGUGUGUGUGUGUACGCAUGCAUCUUUAGAUCCAGUUAAGGAACGCUUGAAGACACUGGUUGUCUUUUUUUUUUUUGUUUGUUUUUGAAGCCGUGGGCUACAAUCUGCAUCGUCACUUUCCACUUGCUGCUGCUGUAAAAUUCAACAUACAGUGCUCAGAAAAAGGGCCACUUGGAUGCCUUUCUGUGACUCCCCUGGUCUCUGUUGACACUUUGUGACACUCUGAGGUCAUACACAUCAAACGGAUUCUUCUCAAAGGUGGAGUGGCGCUGGUGACAACACUGGAAGAGUCACAGAAAGGCAUCCGAGUGCCCUUGGAAAUGUUGUGAAUUUUGCCAUUCAGCCCUGAAAAAAAAAUGUUGGAUCUGCUUUCGAAAGUUAAGGGGUCAAGUUAAGUCCACAUUUGGAAGGUUCUAGUACAUUUUAGGUUCUCCCCGAAAUAUAACUUUUUGUGAGUAGUGUGUUUGCUUCUGUUGGGUACUGAUAGUCACUUUUAUUCACUUGGUUGAUUUUUCCAUUCAAUCAGAUGUGCUCAUUUUGGAUGCAUUUCACUUUAAAGGGGACGUAUUAUCCUUUUUGCAAAAUUUAGAGUAGCCAGGUACAAUAACAUGUCAAAAAUCCCAAUGGAGAGUACAUUUUGUCUAACUGCAAUGAUCUCAGCUCCUAUUGACGGGCAAAUGACAAGUACAGGUUUUGUUACCAUGACAACCGUAUAUGGAGCUGGAGGAGUUGCAGCAAGAUAAUCGACCGUAUUUUCAUUCAGCGCAGGCAACACUUCGCCGCACUACUUUUCAAAACUCCCAACUGAACACCCAGAGGCGCAUUUGUAGAAAUGAAGAAAUGCAAGAUGUACUUGGAUGUUUAAUUUCCCGCUAAAUUGGUGGGCAACUAUUUUCACACAAACACUUAAAAGAUCCAUUUUCAAUAUGUCCCCGUUAAAUUGAAAAUAUGUGUACGUUUUAAUUUAAGUUGGCGACAGAGAAGUUUGAAAGAGAGGAGUUUUGGCAAAUGCGCUCCAUGCACGCGGGGGGAGUAAACAAUGGCCAGUCCCAAGUAUGACACAUUUCGCCUUGUCAAUUUGACUUUCAAAGAACACCUCCGAGUGUUUCGACUGGUGUCCUUGAAUGCACCAGCAGGAAGUGUUUUGUCAAUUCAGGCAUCUGCAGCGUUCCAUGUUGACGCUGUGCCACUUUGGCAUCGUUAUACAUCAGGCUUGAUCUGGCAGUCCCUUUGACGUUAAACAGAUUUUCUGUUGAAGUGCUGCACUUUCCCCAUAAGCCCACCCCCCGCCCCCCCACACACACACACACACACACACACACACACACACACACACACACACACAAAACCCCUCCCCGCUCCCCCCAUGCAGUUGUUAUUCAGGUGGACUGGGGCCCAAAUCUCCUUGAUGAAGUCGAAUGUAUUCAAUCAAACAUGUUGAUUAUUUUGACUUUUUUUUUUUUUUUUUCUUCAGCAUCAUCAAUGGCAAGUGAUCAAAAUGAAGGUGUGUUACUGUCUGUUUAAAUCCAAGUGUAAAUUGCUUUCUGCAGCCCAAUAAAAAGGUUUGUAAUGGA